AUGUACGGAUCCGAGUGCCAUAUGAUGCCUCCCGCGGCGCUGCCCAAUGGCUCCAAGGCGGUGACCCUCCUGCUCCGCCUGUGCACGUUCGGGCUGGCGCUCGCCUCGGCGGUCGUCAUGGCCACCGCGAGCGACUGCACCUUCUACGACGCCGACGGCGCCGCCGCCGCCACGGUCACCUACAAGAACUACCCGCCCUUCGUUUAUCUGGUUGCGUGCAACAUCACCGCGGCGAUCCUGGAGAUGGCGGCGAUCUACCUGCAGCUCGUCAAGGGCGACAACGAGGGGGAGGCGGCGCCCGUGCUUCCCGGGGUCGUCCUGGUCGUCGCCGACGUCGCCGUGCAGGUGCUCCUCUACUCGUCGACGGGCGCGGCGUUCGCGGCGGUGACGGCGUACGGCGCGCAGAUCAGGGCCUGCGCCGGCGCCGCCGGGCACUUCUGCGAGCAGGUGCACAGGGCGAAGCUCGUCGGUUUGGGGGCGAGCUUGGCCGCCGGCCUCGCGGCCGUCGCCAAGGACGUCCCGCUGCCGUUCUCCGUGUGGCCCAUCACGUCAGAGGACUGAGAUUUCCCGCUGCCGUUCCCCGUGUCUCAUCAUUCUCUGACUUCUAGGCGAUUUGUUUCUAUAAUUUGUUUACUUUUGUGGUUCCUAAACAUAGUCGUACUUAUAACUCUCCCAAGUAUUCUUGUGUUCUAUAAAUAAAUAAAAAAUGUCAU